CAUAUCAUCUUGCUUACUAUAAUAGAAUGUUUUUAUUACCAUGGCAAUAGAGCUCAUAUCGGGGAAUGAAUUGAUUCAAUCUCACUUCUCUCUCUUGUUCUGUGUCUGUGUAUCUCUUUUUCCCUUUUUCAAGAUGAAAUUCUUGUUAUUAUGGUUGUUUACAAUAACUUUCGUAUUUGGUAUUGAUUUUAAAAAUAAACAAGAGCAUUCAAAUUAUGGUGAACAAAAGCAUAAUAAAGCACACAUUCAAGAGCAUUUGAAUGCAUUAUCUAAUAAUACUGAUCAACCUUUACCUGAUUUAAAGGAUGAAGAUAUGGUCUAUUAUCUAUUCUUAAUCCAUGACCAAAACGGUGACGGUUUCUUGGACGGUCACGAACUAAGACAAGCUUUUACAGAUUUCGGUCAUGAUGAAGAUGUCUCGAAAUAUUUAUCGCUUGAUGAAAUAACUGAAAUGGUUGACCAUGUCUUGGAGGAAGACGAUCUCAAUGGAGAUGGUCUCAUAAGCUGGUCUGAAUAUCUUGAGUCACAAACAUAUCACAGUCAGUCUUGAUCCCUAACUGCCAACACCCCCUUCAAAAAUAAACUUUUUAAGCUUGCAUUUACGUCAUUUAAAGGAAACGUGUCUACAACGUGCGAUAUAUACCUCGGCUAAUGUAUAAAAAUAAAAGCAAUAUCAAGUCUGGAUGAACAUAACUCUGUAAUAAUAAAAAGAUGUAUUUUCUGAAACGCGUUUUAAAUAUGUAUACAUAAAGUGUAAC